AUGCAGUGCCAUGAAAAAGGUGAACUUGAACAAGCAACACAAUACUGGCGAUUAUCGGCAGAAAGCGAGUCUCCUCUGGGAUUAUUAUUUUAUGGAAUUGCACUGAGGCACGGUUGGGGAUGUAAGAAGGAUCCUACUGUGGCAGUAAGGUAUCUUAAGAGAGCAGUAGAGCAUGCAAAAUACGAUCUAAGGACUGGGUUUGCACAAUCUGCUAUGGUUGCAAAACAUGAGUUGGUGCUGGCCAUCUAUGAACUCGGUGUUUGCUUCCGCCAUGGCUGGGGGGUUCCAAAGGAUCUUAAGAUGGCUUCAACGUACUUUGAGAUCGCAGCAGGUUUAGGAGAUCCUGAUGCAAUGAACGAUAUUGCAUUCUGUUACUGUCAUGGACAUGGUGUGAAGAAAGAUAUGUACAAAGCAGCAAAGUACUACCGUAUGGCUGAUUAUCAGGGCAGAGGACUAAUAGGAAACUCGUGGAUCUGGAAGGAUAAAUACAAUGUGGUUGACCAGCCAGAUUGGGAUGGUCUAAAGUAA